AUGUCUACCGCGAACAAAACAUCGCCUUCUAAGGCGUCCUACGGCAGAACCUACGACUCCAAGCUGGUAUCGCGCGAGAUGCACCGACUUGGAAAUCUCACCCAUCUGCCCUCUGCUCUAACCCCACAACUCUCGACAGCCCCCUCAGUGACAUCACUGGCGCUACCUCCCCCAGGGAGCAUGUCGCAAGUCAGCGCAUCAUCGACGUCUGCAACAGAUCCUUGGGGUGCUUUGCAUGUCCAUGUUUUACCUCUGUUUAAUGGAGAACCUCUGAGAAUACCAAUUGAGGACUUGAACAUCUUGGUGAAGCGGCAUAUACAGUCAGUCGUAUCAUCAUCUCCACCGAGAGCACUCGCAACCUUGGAGAAUGAUGCCUCCGAACUGAUCGCCUCCGGCAUGGUCACUCUCAAUGCUAAAUUGACAGGGAUUGAAGACGAGAAGUUAGUGGCUCGAGUUGUGGAGAUCUGGGGUUUUUUCUGGGACCAAGUACUUACAUAUCUGGAAGGAGUGUUGCUACCACUUCAAACUGACCCAUUGCUAUUGUCAUUACAUCGCAAUCCCAAACCCCCAAGAGCAACUUCUCCAAGUCGUCAAAAUGGAACGAAGCCAUCUGCGCUCAAUACCGCAUCCAGCCACCACAUAGAUGUUCGAUCCGUCGCUUUGAAAUCUUUCCGUGACCGUGUCAUCCUACCCCCUUUUCAAAGACUGUAUGCGCGCCUUUCUAUUCCGAAUAGACAGGAUAGCUUUCAAGAGACAGUGUCGCACCAGCAGCCUCGUCUACAACAAAUGUUGUUGGUCCUAUCUGCUCAGAGUCGUCAUUUGCCUGUCACAUUUUCCUUAACAACACCGACCCCUCAACCCACUGCGGGCGAAGCCGCUAUCAGAGAUUUACUAAGGCUCGUACGAAAUCCUCGACCUCAAGCAGACCCAAAGAACCCCAAGUUUAAGAAUAGCCCAGCUUUCCAAACGCGAACGCCCACCUUUUUGUCAGGUGGCCUACCUCGAGACAGACGGGGCCGUGUAGCUGGAAAGGGGAAAAACGUCCCGGAGCUGCGUGGGUUGGGUCAAGGGGAAGAGGAGCAGUUUGGUGAUGAUACACCUCGUCUUGGACCGUCCAGUUACAUAGUGGAAGCCGAACGUGAGCGAGAGAGGGAGUUCCUAGAGGCUCUCCGAAGUCCCGACAUAGAACCCCCGACGAGAGAAGGUUCAGGCGGAUGGGGGCUAGGAGCAGGACACGAAGAAAACAACAAGGCAGAAGAGGAGGAAGACGAUGCUCUAGACUGGGAUCAAGCACAGGCAGUUGUGGAGCGCAUGGUUGGGAUGAACAUGAACGCGCAUCCUGAGCCACGGCGUCGCAUGACAUAG